UGGCUGUCAGUUGUCGGUGACGGUGCGGGUGAUUUUCCUGUUGCGCUGUUGCAACAACGAGUAGAGUUGUCUUGAGCAUGACGGGGAGCUUAUGGCUUGUGUAGCUUUAUUAGUUAGCGUUAGCCACAUGUAGCCUAUGCUAAUGUAUAGCUUUUCACUAGCUAGCUAGCGAAGCAGGACACUCGCUAGCAUUCCAAGGGGAUAUAGGCAAAAUUACAACACAGGCUACUUUUUUAAUAGCUAUUAUUAGCAGUUAGUUCGGUAGCGUAUUUACAACAAACUGGACCGUCUUCCCUGCUGUAGAUAUUGGGCGCAUCCACAAGAGAUUAGACUACCGCUGGAUAAAAGUUGGUAGGCUAUUUUAUAAAGAUCCAAAUGGAUAAAAAAGCGGGAAAGUUUCGGAAUCAGGACGCCAACCCAUGCAUCGAGGAAAGCGAUGCCUCCCAGAAGUGUUUGGAUGCCUACAACUACGACAAGAGCAUGUGUUCAGCCUAUUUCCAAAGAUAUAAGAGCUGUAGGAAAUACUGGCACAACAUAAUGGUGCAGAGAAGAAGAGACGGCGUGAGGCCUGAAAUGCCCACCGCGGCAGAGCGGCAGGAGAUGCUCGCUACCAUCGGAGGCAAACCAUACUGAGAGUCAGCAGGGGGACACAGAGACACUGGGAGGGACAUUCUGCUGAUGCCAAGAACUGACCUGUCCUUAGGCCUAGGCCGUCUGGGAGUGACCACCUGGAAUGGGUCUCUUCUAAAAGGAAAGGGAUCGAGAGGGAAGUCACAGGGAGACAAGAUAUAAAAUGUAUUAUUUAUUGAGUUUAAUAACGAUGGGACAUGAAGUGACACAACAUGACAUGUCUGUAAUAGGCGGCCAACGGCAGGCUUUUUUACCAACAGUCUGCAUUCGGUGAGUCAGACUACUGCUGCCCUAAAUCAGUUAAAGAGAAGCUUCACCACCAGCGCAUAACAUUAGGGCAGCCUCUCUGGUCACACAGCAAAAAUAUAGAAACACCUACGGCCUAAUGUCUAUAACAUAGAUUUUAAGACUUGUUAAGGACCGGUAGACGCCCUGCUUGUUCACUUCUUAUGUACUUCAUGUUGUAAAUAAUUGUAAAGACCGAUGUAAUUUAAAUAAACAAUUUAUUUAACA